AUGGCGUUAUCCAAAGCUCAAAGAUUGACCGUGGUGAUCUGCAUAUCAACGUCGUUUUUUCUGGCCGAGUUAUCAAUUGGGUUCUAUACGAAGUCCCUUGCACUGGUAGCGGAUGCCUUUCACUAUCUGAAUGAUUUGAUCGGCUUCAUGGUCGCUUUGGCUGCCUUGAGGGUAUCUCAACGUUCUGACUCACCCGACUCCCUCUCCUACGGCUGGCAACGCGCAGAAUUAUUAGGUGCUUUCUUCAAUGGUUGUUUCUUGCUUGCUCUAGGCGUUAGCAUAGCGCUGCAAUCUAUCGAUCGCUUCGUGUAUCUAGAGAAAGUCAAAAAUCCUCAUUUAAUGCUCAUCAUUGGCUGUGCCGGGCUCACUCUAAACAUUAUCAGUGCUAUCUUCCUACACGACCAUGAUCACCAUGGGCAUCAUCACGGACAUCAUAGUCAUGGUGAAAGACCCAUUCUAAGCACCGUCGACAUUGAACAAAUGAGCUCUGACACGCUAUGUGCCACUACGGUGAGCACAUCUAGUUUGAACACUUCAAGGAACCUCAGAGAAGAUCGUCACAAGGGUCAUUGCCAUAUGGUUCAACCGUCAAACAGCCGAAGCGAGCCUAGAGACUUAGCGCACCUUGCGGUAAUGCUCCAUGUUAUUAUGGAUGCAGUAAAUAACAUAGGAGUAAUCAUAGCCGCAUUGGUUAUUUGGCGCACCAAAUAUGAGGGAAGGUUUUAUGCAGAUCCAGGCGUGAGCAUGGGUAUAUCAUUAAUGCUAAUCUUCUCCUCUCUCCCAAUAAUCAAGAAUGCCGGUGCAAUAAUGUUACAAUCAGUUCCAUCUGGCAUAAACAUCAACAAUGUCAAGCAUGAUAUCGAAAACAUUGCAGGCAUCCUAUCUAUUCAUGAACUACAUAUAUGGAGUUUAUGCCAGAGGAAGACAGUCGCUUCAGCCCAUAUUGUUACGAUUGAGACGGAUCUGAAAACAUUCAUGAAGCAAGCCAAGCUUAUUAGGGAAUGUUUGCACGCAUAUGGUAUCCACAGUGUAACGCUACAAGCUGAAGCAUCAAACGGGGUAAUCAUAAAUGGCACAGGUGCGGACGAGAAAUGUCAGAUGCUUUGCGGAAGUCUAUGUGAAGAUUUGGCCUGCUGUCCAUGA